GAGAGGAUGUUGGUUAACUACAGCUCCAUCAGGAGGGCGCAUCUGCACUGUUGGGACCACCCACAAACAAAUACCCACCACCUCUCUUCUCAGCUAUAAGUCUACAGACCCCUUCACCCAUCAGGUGAUGCUAACCCGGGAGGAUGAAGUGGUGUCUGUCAAGAACCCGGACGGCUCUCUAGUUGUAGAACAUGCUGACGGAACCAGGAUCACCAGCUUCCACGACACUGUACAUACUUGUGUGAAGUUGAGUGAGAUUGUACGAAUGUGUGACUACAGUGGGUUUACUGGAAGUGGUACGACUAAGAAUCGUAAGCAGAGCGUGUUUACUGACAAGACCAUGACUGGGAGUAAUAAGAUGAGUGAAUGUGAGACUGAGAAGGAGUGUGUGCCUACCAAAGAGCGGGUGGUGCUGGUGGAGAAGGAGGGCUGUGCCACAGUAGUGAUGUACCCAGAGUGUCACACAGCUCACAUCUUUCUAGCUGAUGGAACUGCCAUCUCUGGGACCAACCAAGGAGAGUAUCAGGUCUUCCCGUCUAGUGUUGGGCUGCUGCAGAUCCAACGUGAUGGAAAAUGCCUGUACUCCUCGGACCCAGUUGUAACCCCCACUCCAAAGGGUUGCACCCCCACCACCCAAGCAGGAACUUACACCAUGAGUCACACAGACAAGGUGGCCUGUGACCUCACUGAACCUGAUGGGAACCACUUCCAGGCUAUUUCUGGUGCAUGAAGAUGGUUCGGGCACUGAACUACUGAGCUCUUGCACUGUAGGAACUACUCUUUCAGGCGCACUCUGACCGUACCAUAGCACUGCUGAAGGAACCGCUGCCAGAUACAU